UGCUUUCGAACCGGACCGGUCUAUGCUCGUCAUCGCUUGCUCCAUUUUCGUUCACUUCUCUGUCCAUGGGCAAGAAAAGUAAACUCAAAAAAAUGAUGUCUCCCACAACAUCGAACUCCACUCCACCAUUACUUCAUGACGAUGACUUGAUGGAAGACCUUAUAGCACAGAUCGAGACGAACGAGAAAGUUGCACAAAGAGCUUCGGAAGCGGAGGCAAUGCAGCGGCAAGCAGUCGUUGCCGCCGAAAGCAAGAAAGAUCCCAGAAGUAGGUUCGAAGCGAGACAGGCGAGAAAAGCAGUAGCUUUGGCACAAACGUUCGUGGAAGGUGAUCCAGAGUCCGAAGCACGACUAGAGAAGGAGGCAAAAGACGAAGAGAGAGCCAUAGCCAGAAUAUGUGAUGAACUCGGUGUUCAACUCUCCGAGAUCAAACCCGAUGGCCACUGUUUAUUCUCUGCCGUAGCCGAUCAACUCGCGCUGCUCUCUAUCCUUCCUCCUUCCCAAGCUAAUUACGCUACUGUUCGUUCUGUGGCAAGCAACUACAUGUACACCCAUCCGGACGACUUCUUACCAUUUCUUCCGUCUGGAGAAGGCGAGGAUGGCCUCGGAGCGCAAGACCCGGGUCUCAUGUCUCCCAAAGAGUAUGAACAGUACUGUCAGUCCAUACGCGAUACCGCGAUGUGGGGCGGGGAACCGGAGAUACUGGCAUUGAGCCGUGCUUUCAAUGUGCCCAUUCACGUUGUUCAAUCGGGAACACCACCAGUGGUCAUUCAUAAUCCAACGGGAACACCCCUUAAUGGCGAUAUUCGUGAUCCACAAGUGGUUCGGAUAAGUUACCAUCGUCGUAUGUAUGGGUUGGGAGAGCAUUAUAACUCACUAAGGCCCAAAUCGAAAUUCACGCAGUCCAUUCAAAACAUCUUUUAAAUAACUCGAUAUGUUUUCGGAAUCCUGGCAUCCUUGACAUCAAUAUGCCCAUCUUGUUACCACACACCAUCGAAGGAGGUGAAGUCCAAAACACGCACUGUCCAUUUACAACACUUCCUUACAAUCCUGACAUACAUCCGUACAGUAGUAUGCGUAAAUCUGAUUUUCCUCUCGUCUUAAUAUCCGCUAUGAUACAGCUACAAACUACAAGUUCAAAAUAGUAGAUCCUCUUCGUCUCCAU